UUUAUGCAUGAUAGAAGUGUCUACUCAUCCCCAGAUGGCGCUGUUACAUAACAUCGUCAAGGAAUCCUGUAGAAGCCUAUCAGUGAAGCUUGCUGGUGCUUCAGGGACUACUGUGCCAUCAAGAUGUCUAUGGGGAUGGCUCAAUUCUGUUUUCAAUAGGGUUGAUGAAGAUCGUCUGAAGCUAGUAGGCCCUGACCGAGCAUGUGCUGAGUGGAUGUUAAGGUGUGGUGGGCGUGUCAAGUGGGUGGGUUUGAAUCACUGGGAGAAGGACUACAACACACUCCCAGCCAGUGGAUUUGACAAGUACAAGGUCGAGGAGAUUGAUGGUACAAAAUCUGCUGUCAUGAGCCUUGGAUUCCCACACUUGAGUGGUUUGACACAUGUGAACAAAAUUGUCCUCCAUGACUGUCGCUAUCUUGAUGAUGAUGCCCUGAAUUACCUCCCUCUUGUGAAGGAUACUCUUCAACAUCUUCAGAUCAGCUCUUGUGGGGACAUCACGGACAGAGGAUUAUCUCCCUUGUCUGAACUUGUAAAUCUCCGAAAGUUGAUUCUAUACGACCUGCCUGAAGUAAGGAACAAGUCUGCAGUUUUAGAACGACUGAAAUCAUCCCUUUCCAAAUGUGAAAUAGAUUAUAACGAAGAAGUGCAGAAGAAGUCAUGAGCAAAGAGGCUGAACUUUCUUGUUAAUUUAAACCUGACUUUGUAAUUUUUGCAAUUCUCAUUUGUUUGAUAAGUAAUUAUGUUGCAUUACUUUUCUAGAAUCAUUUAGGUGAAUUAUGAUUUGUCAUAUGAUGCUGAUAUGUAUCUAUAUGUAAGAUUGAAGGUGAGACGAGGGUGAGAAAUUGGUAUGGUUGUGUAUUGUCCCUAGAAUAAACUGUACAUAUCAAA